CCCGCUGCGUCCUGACACGAGACCAGAUCGAUCCAUGUAGUUUAAAGAUCUGCGGUCUGCGGACGUCAACACGAGUGGUGGCGGACCUCAACGCUGCCUGCUAACACUAGCCUGUUCAUGUAAACAACACUGAAGAAUGUGAUUUAAAAGUUUUUUUUUUUUUAACCGCUUUUCUUUUGUUUGCUCACUAUGACGCAGCCGGCAGAGAAAGUGUAUUACCGCUUUAUGGUGCUGUUCUUCAACUGCCUGCUGACGUUCGGCUCCUACUUCUGCUUUGACAUCCCCAGUGUUUUGCAGGAUCAGUUUCAAGGGAACCUCACAUGUCCCAAUGCAACAGUGAUCAAUGGGACAGUGGACUGUGUGGAAGGAUUGGGGAUGAGCCCUCAGCAGUACAAUCUUCUCUACGCCAUCUAUGCUUGGACGAAUGCAGUAGUGGUGGUCCUGGCCGGGUUCCUGAUUGACAAGUUAGGAAACCGCUUUGGAGUAUUUCUGUUCUCCUUCCUGUGUGUUUUGGGCUCAUCGUUGUUUGCACUGGGCUCUCACUUCAAAGGAACUCCCUAUCUGCUGCCACUUAUGCUCACAGGCCGACUACUGUUUGGAUCAGGCAAUGGAUCUCUGACUAUUGUUCAGAACCGCAUCACAGCCUUCUGGUUCAAAGGAAAGGAGCUGGCCUUGGCUUUCGGUCUGACCCUGGCUUUCUCUCGCCUGGGUUCAGUCCUGAACUUCUUCCUCACCCAGAAAUUUGAAGAAAAAUAUGGCAUGCAGUGGACCCUCUGGGGUGGUGCACUAUUGUGUGUGCUGGGCUUUAUAUCCGCCAUUAUUGUCAGUACCCUGGACAAGAUCGGGAUGAGGCAGCUGGGCGUUGAUGGCGCCAUCCAGGAGGAGUCCCGCAAAGUGAGGAUUCAGGAUGUGAGGCUCCUGUCGCUAAGAUACUGGCUGCUGGUCCUCACCAUCAUGUUCUUCUACAACGGCAUCUUCCCGUUCAUCGCAGAUGCCAGUAAGUUCAUUCAGGAUAAGUACAACGGCUACAGUCAGAAAGAGGCGGCAUAUAUCGCCGGGGCGGUUUAUGACAGCUCACUGGUCCUCUCAGCCAGCGUGGGCAUUCUCAUCGAUUAUGUAGGUCUGAGGGGCAUCUUUGCGGGGGCCUGUGCCGUCCUCACGCUGCCUGUGUUUGGACUCCUGGCUUUCACCUUUGUCCCUCCUCUCGUCUCCACUAUAUGGCUGGGAGUCACCUACUCAUUUGCUGCUGCGAGCAUGUGGCCGUCUAUUCCCCUCGUGGUACCUCAGGCGACUCUGGGAACAGCCAUGGGUCUGGCCACCUCCAUACAGAUGGUUGGGAUUGGGGUGUCCAACCUGGUUGUUGGGCAGAUUUUGGGCACCAAGUCGAGUGAAACUAAAAUCCCGCUGUGGCGCUGGCAGAGGAUGAUGAUCUUUAUGUUGGCCAACACCAUCGGCUGCAUCGUCACCUCAGUGCUGCUCAACAUUGUGGACCACAGACAGGGCGGGACCCUGAACAAGACAACCAAGAGGUCAGAGCAGGCAGAGAGAGACUCCGACAGGGAGCCGCUCAACCAGGGAGAGGACGAGCAAAAUGAGGACGAGGACGACGCGGUCGGAUCUCGUUCUAUCAACUCCUAAGUUUUGUUCCCUCAAAUUUGAAUAUUUCUGUCUUUUUUUUUUUUUUUUUUUAUAUAUGUACCAUUUUUUAAAUUGAACACCUCACUGAAACCACAUUUGUCUGCGGUUGUUACAGCGGGUAAUUGAGCAGUUUAAUGAAUCACAAUAAAUCCCCGUUAAACAUUGUUUACACUCAAAUAGUAUUAAUACAUUAUAUGACAUUAUUGUUGAUUGUAUCAACACCAAGCUAUCAACUGCCACUGACUGUAAAUAAAUGUUUUAUCAUGAUAAAAGGCAAGUAAUAAAAAUGUGUUUUUAUGAUUUUUUGUCUUUAAAAAAAAGAAAUAUUUGUCCUCAUUAUUCUGUGUUGAUCAUUGUUAGAGACUUCACCAUGUUCUGGAAGAAGGGAAUUUGAUCUACUUACAUUGUCAAAACAGCUAAAUUAAAAAGCUGUUUGCCUUUUUGAUCGUGUGAUCUUUGCUACUUAUCUAAAAAAUAAACUUUAUGCCUACA